UCGCGUCGCUCACACCCGCAGCGAUGAAGGCCCUCUACCCGACCUCGCAUCACAUCCCCUCCCUCUCCGAGGCCGCCCUCGCCCUCAAGAUUGCCCGGCACUCGCCCUGCUCCAUCUGCACCGCCGAAAUAUGCCCCGGACUCCACCCGCCGCCCAUGUUCGAGCUCGUCCCGGACUCGGACGACUCCUACGACUGCGGCUACCUUUCCAGCUGUGCCUGCGGACACGAGGCCGCAGACCACGGCGCGGAUUUAUCCCAGAUCAGCCGCGACGAGUUCAAACGCCGAGGCCGUGUAGCCGUGCGCAUUGAUGAACUCUUGCAGGAUGACGAUCGACUCCUCGACUUCGACUACACCAACAACGACAUCGAGUCGUUGCGACAGCAGAUGACGCUGCCCGAGGCGGCAGACAGCCCGUCCUCCGAUAUUCUCGGCUCGCUGGUCCCUUCAGAAUCCGAGGAGAAAGGCCCGCUCUCGCCCGCUUCCUCUUUCCUGAGCGAAGCCUUCGACGGCGACGGCGAGCCGCCCCCGAAACGCCGGCGCGUCUCCUACUCAUCGCUCAGCUCCGACUCGCUCUCCUCCGAGGACGAGGAGAAGCCGCUCGCUGCGGCGGCGGCUGCGUCGUCGCGUCCAGAGCAGCAGCAGCAGCAGCAGCCAUCACCCGAGAUGCCGCACAAGUCGCCUGUGUUGCGGAGCGGCAAGGGACGCAAGGGCGGCAAGGCGCGCGGGAAAGUCGCACGGCGCGGCGGCGGCAAGGGCAGCGGUGCUCGCGGCGGCAGUGGCGGCGUCGGUGGCGGCGGUGCAGGUAGCAAGUCGAGCAAAAAGUCCAAGGGACACACCGCGCCGGCGCACAAGCCGCCGCCGACGGAGGCCGAGCGCGCGGAGAUGGAGCGGCCGGGUACGAAUGGCGCGGGUGGGGGCGGCGGAGGCACGGACGCCGUCGCGGUCAAGGUUGAGGACAAGAUGGACGCGGGCCAGCUCUCGCGGCUCGUCACGGGCGUGACGGUCGAUGCCGGCGCUGGGGCCACGUCUGCUGCGCCGGGUGUAAAGCCCGAGAAGCCCUCGAUGGCGGAGCUGCGGCAGGGCAUCAUCAAGAUCGUGCCGGUCGAGAACGACCACCAGCCGCGGUCGCUGGCGAUCCUCACGGGCCUCAAGACGCUGUUCCAGAAGCAGCUGCCCAAGAUGCCCCGCGAAUACAUCGCGCGUCUCGUCUACGACAGCAACUCGAAGUGCCUCGCGAUCGCGAAGCGCGGGUACAAGGUCGUGGGCGGGAUAUGUUACCGGCCCUUCCCGCACCGCAAGUUUGCCGAGAUCGUCUUCUUCGCCACCGCAUCGGUGGACCAAGUGAAGGGCUACGGCAGCAUGCUCAUGGACCACUUCAAGGCGCACAUCCGCCGGACGUACCCGGACACGUUCCACUUCCUGACGUACGCCGACAACUACGCGGUGGGCUACUUCCGGAAACAGGGCUUCACGAAGGACAUCACGCUCGACCGCGCCGUCUGGGCAGGCUACAUCAAGGACUACGAGGGCGGCACAAUCAUGCAGUGCACGCUCCUCCCCCGCGUCGACUACACCCGCACCCGCGACAUCGUCGCCCGCCAGCGUGAGGCUAUCCUCGAGAAGAUACGCGAGCGCUCGCGCUCGCACAUCGUGUUCCCCGGCCUCGACGCCGCCCUCUGGGCGCAGUCGCCGUCGGACGGCGGCGCGCCGCUCGACCCGAAGCAGGUCCCGGGCCUACGUGAGAGCGGAUGGACGGCAGCGAUGGCCAUGUACGCCCGGCCCAGCGCGCGCAGCACCGAACACGCCGCGAUGGAGAAGCUGCUCUCGGAGCUGCAGAACCACACGCUCGCGUUCGCCUUUCAGAAGCCCGUCAACGCGGACGAGGUCGCGGACUACUACGACGUCAUCAAGGAGCCCAUGGACCUGUCGACGAUGGAGCACAAGCUCGACACGAACCAGUACGCGAACGUCGACGCGUUCCUCGCCGACGCGAAGCGCAUCUUCGACAACUGCCGCACGUACAACGCCGAGGGCUCGUCCUACCACCGGAACGCGACCAAGCUCGAGAAGUUCCUCAAGGACCAGGUCGCCGCGCUCAACCUCAAGAAGGAGGAGUCGUAGUGCCCUCGCUCGGGGUUUCCGGGUUUCCAGGGGUUCUCCUUUUUUUCUGCACCCCCCUCGGCCGGGUCCCACGUUUGUGGCUUGCGCUGUACAAACAUUUAGCUCACUAGCGCUCGCUCGCUGUAGUACCACUAAUGUAUUCUCACAAUAAGACCUGGCUCGCGUAAUGUUCCAUUCAGUCGC